AUGAUCAUUUUUAAGGAUUGUACUGAAAAUGCUGAAAAUACUGCAUGGUUUGAUCAAUAUCCAGAUUCAUAUUGGGAAAUUGGUAAUAUUGGUACAAUUAUUCAACAACAAAAUACACCAUUUGAAUUUACUAUUGGAUUUCGAGCACAAUUAGCUAAUACUGCUAUCAAUGGUGAACAUUUAACAUUAUCUAAUUUAGAUGAAAUUAAUGAAGAUGUAUAUAGUUUAUUAGUUACAUUUAAUUUUGGUCCAGAUGAUGGUAAUAUUUAUGUGAUAUUAUCAAAUAAUCAAAUAUUUAUAUAUGCUGAUAAAAGAAAUCUAUUAUGGUCUAGUCCAUUAAUUACAAUAACAGAUACAACAUGGCAUCGUUUACAGUUAAUAUUUCAUUCACCAAUUUCAAUAAAAGAACAAAAUGGUCCUGAUGUAGAACAUGGAUUACAAUUGUUAUUUGAUCAUCGUCAUUUUUGGCUUCCACCUAUUGAAAUAUAUAAUUUACCAUCGGUUGUAUAUAUUGGAGGAUUACCAAGGGUACUCAAUUUACAAUUACAAGCAAAUGGGCAACCUUCAAAUAUUUAUGGUUUAUUCGGAUGUGUUGAUGAAUUAACAAUGAAUAAUGUUAGUAUGUCUUUAAGAACUAGCAAUCGUCCAGUUUGUUAUGAUUGUUUCAGUUUAAAUCCAACAAUUGUUCAUAUUCCAGAAAAUAUUGAUGAAUAUUUAAAGUAUAGUUUAAUAAAAUUACAUAUACCAGAUAUGUUGACUCAACCGGGACAUGAUAAGUUAACAUUUGAUUUUAGUUUUUUUUAUGAUCGUAAUACUAUAAAACAAGCUAGUUUAUUUGUAUUAACAUUUGGUGGAACAAUUGAUUUACCAACUGAAGAAAUUCAUUUAUGGUUAUUCCUUUCAAAUAAUGAAGUUAAAAUGGGUUAUAUCACAGAAUCCAAUAAUGAAUUAGAAUUAAAUCAUGAAGUGAAUUUGGCUAAUAUUGGACAUAAUCAAAAUAUAUGGCAUUAUAUUAAAUUAGAUAUAACUUUCAUUAAUCGUAAUUUAUUAUUUCAAUUAAAAUCUCAAACAUCUAUUAGUGAUACAUUAGCACCAUUUAUAAAAGCUAAUCGACUUAUAUCAAUACAUCUUGGACGUAAUACAAUUUUAACAUCUGAUAAAAUGAAACAAUCUGUUUAUAAUUAUCAUGGUGAAAUGUUCAAAGGUUGUAUACGUAGUCUUCAUUUAUCCACAUCAACAGAAAUACGUAAUAUUAAUUUACCAGAAGAUUUACCUGGUUUCUUAUAUGGAUUAUGUCAUACCUCAUUAGUUUGGUAA